CUGAUACUUUUUACACUCGUUGAUGAUUCAUUUACUAAUUACUAAACUUAACUGUCUUCACGGACAUAAGUUCUAAAGCAUGUACGUUUAGAUAAAGCUUUUGGAAAGCUAUUGCUUAUAAAUGUGUCUCAUGGCAAACUGUUAUCGAUAAACACCGAGCGGGUGACAGAAUUUCGCAAUACCAGAUAAUUCUACCUGUAUAAAGCCGGUGGAUGUGAUAGUCAUAUACCGAAGAAAUAUUUAUAUGGACAGUUCAAUCGAUUCCAUCAUGGGGAAGUAACAGAAUUAGUGGUUGCAUGGCUUCAAUUGAAUUGUCAGGAUAAAAUAAAUACGGAUUGCGACUAAUCAUUUUGAAAGCCGUGACGUGCAGGUAUGGGCCGUGAUAGGGAGGUGGAGCCUGAUGGGGACAUCGGUUGCUGUGGUUACAUCCUUAUGGGAUUCUCCAUCCUCAUUCUCAUCAUCUUCUUUCCUUUCUCGCUCAUUUGCUCUAUCAAGAUUGUGCAGGAGUAUGAGAGGGCGGUUAUCUUCCGGCUCGGGCGAGUGCUGUCCGGGGGAGCCAAAGGACCGGGUCUGUUUUUCUUGCUGCCCUGCGUUGACUCGUCAAAAACUGUGGACCUUCGAACGUUCUCUUACGAUAUCCCGCCACAAGAGAUCCUGUCACGUGACUCUGUGACGGUGGCGGUUGAUGCAGUGAUUUACGCGCGGAUAUUCGACGCGACCAUGUCAAUCAUCAACAUCGAGAACGCCCACGCUUCGACCCGGCUUCUGGCCGCUACAACAUUGAGAAAUGUGCUGGGAACCAAGGAGCUCACGAACAUAUUGACUGACCGAGAAAGCAUUGCCCACCAGAUGCAGGUAACCCUAGACGAGGCAACUGAUCCCUGGGGCGUAAAAGUGGAGCGAGUGGAAGUGAAGGACGUACGACUUCCGGUUCAGAUGCAGCGGGCCAUGGCGGCGGAGGCGGAGUCUACAAGGGACGCUAGGGCCAAGGUUAUAUUGGCAGAAGGUGAGAAGAAAGCAUCCAGGUCGCUGAAGGAGGCCUCUGACAUCCUCAGCCAGUCGCCGACCGCGAUCCAGAUCCGUUACCUUCAGACCCUCAAUUCAAUCGCCGCUGAGCGUAACUCAACCAUCAUUUUCCCGCUCCCAAUAGAUAUGCUCGGUAUGGGAAAGUCAGGCGGGGGCAGUGGGGGCAGCUACAAAAGCGGCGGGAGUAAGUCAUCAAAUACUUCAUCAAAGAGCAACACCCUUCCACCAUUAAGGGCGCCUCCAAACCUUCCACCUCCAUCGGAUCCACAGCCACCUGCAGCUCCGCAGUAUUUGUUUGACGAUGAAAGGCCUACUGACGUUUCCCCUGUGACACAACAGUUCGGGGAAACCGAGCACUUUGUGCCGCAGACCAUCGAACCAGCGGACAGAUCAUCGCCCGGCGGAACGGAAAUGACCUCCCAUGGCCAGCCUGCCGAUCGAGCUCAGAGGUCCCCAAGUCCACCAAUUGAAGUAUCAGCUCUUUAGCUACUACCAUUUGUAAAGCAUAUUAAGAAAAAGUUGUAUUUGAUUUAUACAAAUGUUUCUAAGCAUUAAGAAACGAGAAAAUGUACAAGUAAACAAUGUUUUCAUUGAUUAAUGACAAGUUUCACGAUCUGACAUGUUGUGCGAGUGCCUUGUUUAUAUAAUUUAUUAUGUAUCAUAUUUAUAGUUAUUUUUUAUAUAAAUGUUUGAUAUUAUCUAUCCUCCUGAUCAUAUGAUAACAUAAGUGCUUUUAGUGCACUAAGAACAUGUUAUUUUAACUAUUUUCAAUUUUUUUUAUUAUAUCAGAAACUGUUGACCCAUCUACGGGCCUCAAGGCCAAACCGAUAUUUUUCCGAAACUUCUGUUGUUAUUUUAUACUAAUUUUAUAUCCCGAUUGUAACGAAAGCUAACAGCUUACAGAAUCACGCUCGAGUUUAUUCUCUGGACAGACACCAGUAAUGGUGUCCAUUUGAGAGGCGAUGAGAUGGUAUCAUUGGUGGGGAUCGAACACACAACCUUUUGGAUAAGAGGCAGACACCUUUACAACAGACCUUGUGCGGGUCGAACCCACAGCAUCUUAGUUAAUCGGAGGAUACCUAUACAACAAGACCUCCCUUAGCUAACACUUUGUUUAGUAUUUGAUUAUACAACAUGUACAUGUCUUUGUUAUAAAUCUAACAAAAACAUACUUGAACACAGUUUUGGUCUAUGAGCUACAGUAAUGCCUCUGACGAUGUUCGAAAUGUGAACGCGUUAAAACGACGUUACCAAAGUAUGUACCAUAUAUGACGUUACGUCAACGGAACUGGAUACUUUCUCAUUUCUAAAUAGUUCAUACACGUUUUCAUAUGUUAAGAAUGUAUAUCAGGCACUCGAUCACCUUUAAAGGGUCGGGCAUUGAACAAAUUCAUUUCGUGUGAAAUAAGAGCUCCAUUGGUAAUAAUUACUACGAUGUUCAAAUAAGACCGGAAAUGCUCUCUUUUGUCAAAAAGAGUUAGUAACGUUAUUGAAAAAUGAAUUGUGUUAAGGCUUGAAUUUACUUUGACUGUGGCCUACUUUCUUGACCGACUUGCUUAUUUUUGGAGAUACAGCAAUGAAAUUUGAACCAUGUGUACAGUUUUGCAAACACAUAACAAACUUGUCCCCAGAUGACCUUGACUGUGACCUUUUGACCUACUUUCUUCGUUUUGGAGAUACCGUAAUGAAAUUUAGACCGUAUGUGCAGUUUUGAAAACCAAUAUCAAUCUUGUCCUCAGAAGACCUUGACUGCGAACUUUUGACCUACUCUCUUAUUUUUUGAAGCUACGGCAAUGAAAGUUGGACCAUGUGUACUUUGUUACGUUAGAAUAUGUGAUUGAGCCCCUUUAAGGCGUUUAUCUGGUUAUUGUCUCAUUUAUUAAUAAUUCAUACAUACGAACUGCAUAUUUUUUAUUAUAAUAUAUUCUAUAUAUUUCGAAGUUUUAGAGUUUCUCGAAGACUUAUAAAUAUUUGUUUACUAUUUGUUUGAAUAAACAGACCUGAGUGUUGCA